UCGCGAGGACGUUUGCUGGUCUACCGUAAAAAAAUUAAAAGAAAUCCAUAAUUUUGUAAAUAAUUUAAACAAGUUUUCUUUUCCAAUGACCGGUGUGUGUAGUGAUGUCCCCGUUGACCUUGACUUGAGUCGGCGGGUGCAAGUCACCGCUAAGUAUCACGUGGUACGACAUGAUAGAUAAUAUUCCAGCCCGACUCACAGAACAUUAUCAGUUUAAUACAAACAAACGAAUCUUUGUUCUUGUUAAUGUUAACAUAUUUUUUAAACAUUAUUUUAAAACAGGUGCGUAGUUUUACUCGCGUAUUAGCUAAAAGUUCUUUGACUUCGUCAAGAAACAGAACCGUUUGGAGUUAAUUUUGUUGUCAUUGCGAAGUUCCAGUAUCACUUUCAUUUAUCAUGACUCUAAAUAUAAGAAAACUAUUAGAUGCCAAUUAUUCAAAGCUUGUGAAUUCCAUUGGAAAGAUAAAAAGUUGUGCGACUUAUGCCACAAUUAUUCGUAAAAGCAAAAUAUAUGCCAGUGCUCAAGAAGUAGUUCAAGAUGUAUCAGAUGGCUCAAAGUUAUUAGUUGGUGGUUUUGGACUCUGUGGAAUUCCUGAAAAUCUAAUUAAAGCUCUCAAUAUAAAAAAAGUAUCAGCUCUGACAGUGGUAUCUAACAAUGCUGGUGUUGAAGAUUUUGGCUUGGGUAUUCUUCUUAAAAGUAAACAGAUAAAAAGGAUGAUCUCCUCAUAUGUUGGAGAAAAUGCGGAAUUUGAAAGACAAUUUUUAAGUGGAGAAUUAGAGGUAGAAUUGACACCGCAGGGUACACUGGCAGAAAGAAUACGUGCAGGAGGUGCAGGUAUUCCUGCCUUUUUUACACCUACUGGAUUUGGUACUUUAAUUCAGGAAGGCGGGUCACCAAUUAAAUAUACCAAGGAUGGAAAGAUAGAUAUUCCUAGCUCUGCUCGUUUUGUACAGCAGUUUAAUGGUAAUAAUUACGUAAUGGAAGAAGCAAUUACUGGCGAUUUUGCUUUUGUUAAGGCUUGGAAAGCUGAUAAACAUGGUAAUCUAAUAUUCAGGAAAAGUGCCAGGAACUUUAAUCCAGCUAUGUGCAGGGCUGCUCGCGUAACUAUAGCCGAAGUGGAGGAAAUUAUUGAUGAAAUUGAUCCAGAUUUUGUUCAUGUACCCUCAAUAUAUGUGCACAGAAUCAUAAAGGAAGAUAAUUUUGAAAAGAGAAUAGAAAGAAAAACUACAAGAAAACCAAAUCAAACAUCAAAAUCGACUGAUUCUCUGAGAGAAAAGAUCAUAAGAAGAGCUGCUUUAGAAUUUAAAGAUGGGAUGCAUGCAAAUUUGGGUAUAGGAAUGCCUAUGCUGGCAAGUAAUUACAUUCCAGAGAAUGUUAAAGUUUUGCUUCAAUCAGAAAAUGGAAUACUAGGUCUCGGUCCAUUCCCCACAGAAGAAGAAGUGGAUGCAGAUCUGAUCAAUGCAGGCAAAGAAACAGUCACAAUACUUCCAGGGGCCUCAUUUUUCUCAUCGGACGACAGCUUCGCUAUGAUCAGAGGAGGUCAUAUUGAUCUCACUAUACUAGGAGCGAUGCAAGUUUCUCAAUAUGGUGAUUUGGCCAAUUGGAUGAUACCUGGUAAAAUGGUAAAAGGAAUGGGCGGUGCAAUGGAUUUAGUUUCUGCCCCAAGAACUAAAGUAGUGGUUACAAUGGAACACACCGCCAAGAAUGGAUCGCACAAAAUUCUCCCAGAGUGCACCUUACCGCUCACAGGAAAAAACUGUGUUGAUAUGAUAAUUACCGAAAAAUGCGUCUUCGAAGUGGACAAAGAAAAAGGUCUUAUAUUAACUGAAUUGGCAGAAGGCGUUAAAGUGGAAGAUAUUGUUGCGAGCACUGGUUGCGAGUUUAACGUAGCACAAAAAAUAAAAACGAUGGGUGACGUCACCAGACCCGAAACAAUCACAGAAUAAAAAUGUAAUCACAACAAAUAACAGAUAUGAAACGUUAUCAAAAAUAUUUUUAAUUGUAUAGCCAUUCUUUAUUUUAUUGUUUUAUCUAAUCAUAAGAAAAUUCAUUCCAAAUGAUAUUUAUUGUAAAAUUUCACACCGAUAUUGGAAUUUAAUGAUAUGUUGGGGUUUAAAUGGAUAUUUACGGUUUAAGGACGUCCUUGAUUUUUACCGCGUUUUUUGCCUUUACUAGGUACAAAAUCAACAAAAAUGACAUGAUAUGUUUACAGACACUAUUUAAGAAAUAUAUUUUGUAGCAAGAGACGAAAAAUUUUUUAAUGAGAGAUCUUCAAAAACUUUGACAAGGAAUUAGAGCUAUUUGCACGUACUGAAUUAUGUAUACUAUAUUAAUAUUAUUUCAUCACUCAGAUUUUAACAAGAUGGUCGUUGAUUAGUGUGAUUAGGUACAUAUUAAAACAAACAAAUAUUUUCUUAAACGAUUUAAAAUUGAGUUAUUAGUGAAGCCCAGAUUUAAGUAUUGUAAGGUUUCUGUUGAGAUGCUCUGUACUUUUCCUGUAAAGUGGGCUUGUAGAAUCUGUUUGUCACAUGUGAAAACGUAUUAAUCCACUGUAGUGAGAUUCGUCUAGCAUGAAAUUAACAGACUUAAAAAUUCAUCGAUUCUGAACAUUUUUAUAUAGUUAUCGUCGACUAUAUUUAUUUCGUUAUCUUCAUCGAGUCUACAGCGGAUUAAUAAAAUCUAACUCAGGUAAUUUUAAUAAUUCUAAUCAUAUCGUAUUCAACGGUCGCAUGUCGUCAACUGUCUUCUUUCUUGAAGCGCAUGUCUUAAAAAGUCUUAACGAGCUAAUUGCAGUAUAGUACCUACUACUGAAUUAAUUAAUGGUAACUCUUUCUGAUAACUCUAUACUGAUAACUUUUUAAAUAAUACUAGUCGCGAUUUAAAUCGUAAUUAUAAUUUUGUACUGCUGUAAUAUUUAAUAUACAUAUAUUCGAUUAAUGAUAUUAAUCUUUAUAGUGUAAGGGUUGAUUUAUACAAAAAUAUUUUUCGAAUGUGAAUUUUAUCAAUGUUGCAAAUAAACAAACUAUUGAAACCUUGUUUGUUUUAUUUGGGGUGCACCUCGUUCGCGCGAAAAAAUGACAUUGUCAAACAAAAUAUUUCAGAAGUAUCCUUCAUAAACAUUUUGUUCAGUUUAUAUUCAAAUAACUUUUUAUAAUUAAUAUCUAUUGAUAUGAAUGGAUUAAACCAUCCAUUGGUUAUUUGGAGUGCAUGUUGGCUAUGGUUGAGUUCUUUCUUUUCUAUAAUAUGGUCUUUGUUUUUAUUUUAUUGUCUAAGCGAUAUAUUAACAAAAACUGGAAUGGAUUUGAUGAAUGCCUUUGUUUUACUAUCAGGAUUAGUAAUGCUUCCGUCAAAUGUUCAUAUUUUGUGUUCCAUAGCACGGGGGAAACGCAUUGAUCACAAUGGAAAAGUAGUAUGCUGCCCUUUAUGGUUAAGUAUCAUUUCGAUCAUCAUAGUAAAUAUAGUAGGAUUAAUUCUUUGUAUACACCAAAUAAGUUCUUGUCACAUUAAAACUUUUCAAGCUAUUUCGGAUGGGAUGAGGAACUACAGAAAAGGCCCAAGAAAUAAACAUUUCAUAGACAAUCUACAGUGGUUCUUAGACUGCUGCGGGCUCAAUUCUUAUAAGGAUUGGUUUUCACUAGAUUGGUUUGACAAAGUACGUGACUAUGAAUGGGACUCUACAUCGAACAAAAGGAAUGCAAAUAUUAAAGAGAAAACGGUGUCUGAUAGCGUGCCUCUAAGCUGUUGCAAAAGUGGUUCAUGUAUACCUAAUUAUCUUAUCGAACUGGGGACUCAUUCUAUUAAUACUAAAGGAUGCGGUGAAAUAGCUUACAACACUGAAAUAGUUAUAAUUUAUAUAAAUCUUCUUCUCUUUGUUUCAAUCGUAUUAACUGAGAUAUUGUUUUUUGUGCUGGUAUUGGACAAAAGAAGAACAUGCAGUGAUAAAUCUCCAAGAAAUUAUGACAUCAUGCAAGUUAUGCCUAUGAAAAAUAAUUUAAAUGUGACCAGUAGUUCAAUAAUAGACUUCAACUCCGACGGUAGCACCAACUCUGAAUUAAAUGAUGUCGAAAAUUAGAAAAAUAUCUCAUGCUACAAAUGAACACGAGGUAUUUAUUAACGUUAAUUAAUCAUAAAUUGAUAGCGAUUAGUGUAUAUAUCAGAGACUGGCUCAGAGAAUCUGAUCAAUUCCGCUUGCAAUAAUUUGUAUCACAGGUCAAACCACGGUGUUUCCCGAGCGCUAUGACAUCAUUCUUCAAACGAGACUUGCGGAGAGUACUUAACGGUAGGCAGUGGCUUGGCUCUGCCCCUGGCAUUGCUGAAGUCCAUGGGCGACGCUAACCACUGACCAUCAAGUGGGCCGUAUGCUCGUCUGCCUAAAAAAAAACCAAAGAUAGAAAAAGAAAUGGUUUUCCAGUGUGCCCCAUUGUAUCUAGCGUAACCAUUGGUGCAUUUAUAUAUUUUUCAAGUUCCUUAGAUAGAUUAAAUACAUAGAUCGUAACCCAUAAUUUUGUCUAAAUAUUGCACUAGCGUAAGAUUGUCAUUUCGAAAUCCGACUAAUAACUUGGUAACACUUUUAAUUACACUUAUUUUGUGAACUUAAAUAUGAAAACCAAAACCUUAAAGGUUAAUUAAUAUAAAUGUAGUCAGUAGCCACAUAAAGGCUGAUUGAUAAAAUAAAACUACUGCUACACGCUCAAUAUCAGCUAUUUACUUUAGUUCGGUGAAUCAAAACCAAAUUUUACCUCUGAAUUCUUGAGGAUUAAUUUAUUAGUUAUUUAGAACUUGUUCUGUUCUUUAACUUUAUCUGGAGCCCCUAUGAUCAUAAUAUGAUGGGAUACUAAGCGUAAUUAUUUCAGUUCUUGUACUGUUUCGGUUCGUUAAAAGGAUGUCUCACUUCUGAUAUUUCAAACUUUUGAAAAAUGUCUGAACGAUAUAACUCUACUUGGUUUCAAAUAGCUGGUAGAUACUAAUUUUUUUGGGAAAACAUACAUAACAUGUACUUGUAAAAAGUUUUAAAGAAGAAAAAAUGUUUAAUUUCCAAAUAAUUCCACAAGCCGACAUGGUUUUGAUAUUUGUUAUGAAAAAUUUGGUUGUGUGGUCACGUUUUCUUUGCCAGUUUCAUGGAUGAAACAAAAAUAAAGAAUAUUAUGCAUGGAGUUACUUAGGUACUUAUUAACUCCAUGAUAUUAUGUGUGUAAUCUAUGAUCUAUGGUAUAUUUAAGAGUAUAUUGGCUUAGAUCCUUUUGCCUUUCCUAAUAAAGAAAAAUUGUACCAAAAAAAAGGUCUAUGGUACUUGGAUUUAUUUUUGUCAAUAAUUUGGUAGUGGUGUUCACCAACCCAAUUUAUUUAAAGUUCACUAACAGUAUCGAGUAACUGAAAUUUCCGAUGGUUUUUAAUAUUUAAUUCAUUAAACAAAAUUCUGUUCGUAGGCUCCUCCUACAUGUAAGGUUAAUUUUGUGAUUCUAACCUAAAUUCAGAUUUUUAGAUCGUCAUGGUAUUUUUGUCUGUUAUAAACUGGGCCCGCUGUCGUGGACCCGACGAAUUUUGGAGAAAGCGACGGGUUUUUAGAUUAGCCGCUCAUUAUAUUGGCCGUCGACGAAAUUGUUAUUCGAUUGCAGUUCGAAAUGUUCACCGAGCUCUAGUUUAUGCAACCAAAGCAAGAAAGCUUAAGAAAGAAGAUAUGAAAAGUCUUUGGGACGUUAGAAUAACGGCUGCUUGUGAGCAACACAAUAUUACACUAUUCUCUUUAAGAGAAGGCUUGGACAGAGCUAAUAUAAUGUUGGAUAGGAAAUCUUUGUCAGACUUGGCUUCAUGGGAACCAAAAACAUUUGAAGCCCUCGCUGCUGUAGCUAAAUACAAACUUGAAACAGACAGAUUCAUAGAUGGACAAGAUAAAUGUCACCCCACAGGAAUAAAUCUAAACCUUAAGGAUGUGAUGUUAGAGGCAUGGUUGAAUGAAAAGAAAAAAUAAUUCAGAUGACGUUGUUUCUUUAUUUCUAGUUGUUAGCUGUACAAAAAAAUAAAUACGCGAAAAUAAA